AUGGAGGUGCCAUCGAAUGACAUCCGCUUCCAGAUGGAGCUGGAGUUCAUCCAGUGCCUGGCCAGCCCUGCGUACCUCAACUUUCUGGCCAUCAAUCGGUACUUCGAGAACCCCGCCUUCAUGAACUACCUACAGUACCUCAAGUACUGGAAACAACCGCAGUACGCCAAGUACAUUGUGUACCCGCACUGUCUGGCCUUUCUGGAUAUGCUGGACGAUGAACGCUUCCGCCAGAUGAUCGCGCGGGAGGAUUUCAUGACGUUAGUGCACGGCCAACAGUUUUACCACUGGCAAACUUUCCUCAACAAUCGCUCAGAGGGGAAACCCGAGGAAGCAGCUCCAACAGAGACGAGCUAG